AUGCAGAUGCAAGUUGUCAGGGCACUCUGCUCGGGUGAGAGAAAGAAGGCUUCAGACUUACUUUUGGGUUUUGAUUCCAGAACCCUCUCAUUAACAGCCGACGAUUUUCUUCAUAUUUUUAAGUAUUGUGCACGCUCUCCUGAUCCAUUGUUUGUGAUCGAGAUUUGGAGAUUCAUGGAAUUAAAAGGUAUAAGCAUGAACAAUAGAUGUUCAUCUCUUAUGAUGGAGGCCCUUUGUAAAGGGGGUUACUUGGAAGAGGCCUUUGAUAUUGUGAAUUUUCUUGGAGAAAGCCAAUGUGUCUAUCCAGUUCUCCCACUGUACAAUAGGAUCUUAGGAUCCUGCACAAAAAUGCAGAGUCUAAUUCAAGCAAACAAAUGUUUGGACUUGAUGGAAAAGAAAAUGGUAGGGAAGAGUGAAGUUACGUACACCGAGCUUCUCAAGGACUCUAACUGCCCCGCUGUCUCCCUCCUCUCCUCAACCCUAUGUUUGACUCAAGGAGGGAGCCACUGA